UAUGUAAUGUAAAUAAUACUUUCGAAAUUAUUAUUAUUAAUGAUUAAGUGUUAUUAUUAUUAUUUCGAAAAUAUAAAUACUUUUAGAAUAUUCUGGAUUACGUUGCAGUUUUUAAUGACCGCAGCGUGGCGCAUUUCACUUCGUCCAUAAAAUAUAAUUUUAACGCGUCUGUAACGUAAAAGCCGUUUAAUUCAGUUCUAAUAUUUUUCAAUAUUUACCACAUGAAAUAAGAGCAAAAAGCGGCAGUUUUUAAAUACUCAUUUGUACAUUAAUUAGCGCCAACCUCGUCUUCUUUAUCUGAUACUGUAUUAGUAAAUAAACGCCAUUUUAUAUAAAUAAUACAUGAACCCGUGCAAAAUUAAUGAUAUAACUAUUUUCUACUGAUAAAUAAGAGCAUUUUAUCUAAAAAACGUUAGUUCUCUUAUGAAAUUAUCGUUUGAUAACACUAACGGUACUUAAAGUGGCGAUUUGAAAGCGUGUCGUGCGUCCUGAGAAAGGGUCCGAGUUCGAGUCUUUUUCGGAUCGAACACAACUUUCUGCUAAAAAAAAAAAGUAUCCUUUAGCGUAGACACGUGUAAAUUAAAAUUUCAUAUAUUAUUGGGUAAAUCAUGAUUCAUGCCAUAGUUAUUACGAAUGACAAAGCAACAGAUGGUGGAAGGACGUCAAUAAGCGCAAUUUUAUAAAAUAGUUGAACUAUGAAUGAGUGAAGAUGUAUAGGAAUAGUUGCUGCUUGCAAAAUACUAAGAAUGGAAGCAUUGCUUGUGGAUUUUUCACUUUGGUAUCUAGGUCAUUAGGUGCCAUAUUACUUAUUGUUGGGUUAGUUCAUUUGGAAAGUAUCUCUAUUUACUUGAAAGGAAACGAAAACUUUGUAUACUCUCUACGAAUCGUGUUUUUAACUCAAUUAGUAGAUUGUGUAUUAUUCAUCACAUUCAGUAUUCUACUUAUCCACGGAGUUAGAAAGGACAACUCUUCAUUGAUGUUUCCAUGGAUUAUUUGGAUGAUAAUCGAAAUUGGAGGUCUGACAAUACUCAUUAUCUUAACAUUAAUGGGAAUAACACAGGAAGUGAAACUAUCUGCAAUUCUUGCUACCAUUCUAUUCUCUCUGAUAUUUCUCGGAAUUGAUAUAUAUUGCUUGUUUUGCGUCAUGGCUCAAUAUAAACUGCUGCAAUAUAACCCACCUGCAUAUUCAGUGAUAAUUUGAAAUGUUUCAUCUUUAUUUUUCAGUAUUCUAAAAUCCUGAAAAUGUUAAUUUUUAAGUAAAUAUAUUACAAUAAAAUACAUUUAUAUAUAUAAUGCAUGCAUAAGUUUGUGUGGAUUUUAAUCAGUUCUUGAUGGUAAUUAUUGCAAAUUAAUUAAGCAGAAUAAUUUCUCUUUUUAAUUCUUUUUGUCCCCAAACACUAAGAAAACUCUGCCUUCAUCUCUAUUGUGGGCUUGUCCACAAUAAAGAUGAAGGCAGAUAUUGUGAGAUGUGGGCUCACAAUAGGGUAAAUGGGUAAAAAUUAUGUCCAAUAUAUCCAAUAUUAAAUUAUCUGUGAAUAUU